ACACCAAGGCAAAAAAUUGACAACCCCAAUGGAGCAAAGAAACACAUAGCUCAUUAUUACCGUCCAUUUCUUUGUUUUUUUCUUCUUUGUCUACAAUCUUUCAUUACAUAUUUCCAGGCCAGCAGCUUACCCUUUUGUCCACACUUCCUUUUCCCUUCUUUAUAACCCCUACACAUUUUCAACUCUUAAAAAACUUCAAGGCCUUCAUAACUAGCCAUAGUUCAAGCAAGUCUUGAUUUUCCAAUGGCGAAGAUAGGGCGGCACACGGCGAACAAAAGUCUAGAGAGUCUUUUAGACAUGGACAAAUCAGCUGCCACAGUUGGUGGAGGAGGAAGGAAGAGUAAUGCCAUGGCGCCGCCUAUGCUUGUAAGGAAGACGAUACCGGGUCAUGGGUUCGAGUUCAGUAACCUGUCUUACAGUGUUAUCAAGAAACAAAAGAAAGAUGGUGAGUGGAUCAAGAAAGAAGCUUAUCUUCUUAAUGAUAUAUCAGGUCAAGCUAUGAGAGGUGAAGUGAUGGCUAUUAUGGGACCUAGUGGUGCUGGGAAGUCCACGUUCCUUGAUGCUUUGGCUGGUCGGAUUGCUAGAGGGAGUCUCCAAGGUUCUGUCAGAAUUGAUGGCAAGCCGGUAACUACAAGCUACAUGAAGAUGAUUUCGUCCUAUGUAAUGCAAGAGGACCAACUUUUUCCAAUGUUGACGGUUCAAGAAACCUUCAUGUUUGCGGCUGAGGUGCGGUUGCCACCUUCUAUUUCUAGGGCGGAGAAGAAAAAAAGAGUCAAUGAGCUACUAAGUCAAUUAGGCUUAGAGACUGCAGCACAUACAUAUAUUGGGGAUGAAGGAAGAAGAGGAGUAUCAGGAGGAGAGAGGCGAAGGGUGUCGAUUGGCAUCGACAUCAUUCAUAAACCACCAUUGUUAUUCCUCGACGAACCGACAUCUGGUCUCGACUCUACGAGCGCUUAUAGUGUGGUGGAGAAGGUGAAGGAUAUAGCUCGAGGUGGUAGCAUCAUUCUCAUGACCAUACAUCAACCUUCUUUUAGGAUUCAAUUGCUAUUAGAUCGUAUCACCGUCUUAGCAAGGGGUAGACUAAUAUAUAUGGGAAGCCCAGCCUCUCUCCCGGCUCACCUUUCUGGUUUCGGAAGACCAGUUCCCGACGGUGAGAACAGUCUUGAAUAUCUCCUCGACGUAAUCAAAGAAUACGAUGAAUCAACUGUCGGACUGGACCCUCUCGUAGUGUACCAAUGUAAUGGUAUCAAACCAGACCAAAUUGCACGAACACCGGUUCCAAAAACACCCAAAACACCUAAAACACCGAAGAACAUGAAAACACCUGGUUCCAGACAUGCUAUUAGCCUACGCAGCAAUGCUUUCUCUGUUACAAAUCAAUCACAGUCCGGCCGAUUUGAUUACAAUGAAGAUGAAGAUGAAGAAGAAGAAAACUUUAAUUACUCAUUGGAACGAAAAUCAUCCCGGUGGCGACCUCAGACUCCAAUGAGUACUUCACACAGUGGUGCUUACCCACGUUUGGCUUCUCAAUUCUAUAAAGAUUUCUCCGUUUGGGUUUACCGUGGUGUUACCGGAACUCCUCGUCGUGCACCGUCGUGGACACCGGUGACAACUCCUGGUGUAACACCGGCUACAACUCCUGGUGUAAGAAGCUAUGUUUUCGGCCGACAGCAUGCAAUGGCUCAACCCCAAACACCUUCACACUACCGAAAGACCCCGAUUGCUUACAGUCCGUCAUACGAAGAAUUCGACAUGGAAGAAGUGUUGGACGAGCCAGAACACGGCCCCAAGUUCGCUAACCCAUGGCUGAGAGAAGUCGCAGUGCUGUCGUGGAGGACGGCGCUUAACGUGGUUCGUACACCGGAGCUUUUCCUUUCUCGGGAAAUCGUAUUGACGGUCAUGGCGGUGAUUUUAUCUUCCCUAUUCCGAAACUUAAGCCAUCACGAUUUUCAGACGAUCAACCGGCUGUUAAAUUUCUACAUCUUCGCCAUUUGUUUAGUCUUUUUCUCCUCCAACGAUGCUGUCCCAACUUUCAUCCAAGAACGGUUCAUCUUCAUUAGAGAGACCUCUCAUAACGCUUAUCGUGCGUCAUCUUAUGUCAUCUCUUCCCUCAUUGUCUACCUCCCGUUCUUCGCUAUCCAAGGCUUCACCUUCGCCGCCAUUACCAAAUAUUGGCUUCACCUACAAUGCAGCGUAUUAAACUUCUGGUUAAUUCUGUACGCUUCUCUAAUCACCACCAAUGCUUACGUCAUGCUAGUGAGUGCACUCGUCCCGAGUUACAUCACUGGUUACGCCGUCGUAAUCGCUACCACAGCUCUUUUCUUCCUCACUUGUGGGUUCUUUCUUAAAGUCAUCACCGCUAAGGGUGAGUUUGGAUGGGCGAUGCGUUUACCUGCGGUUAGUGUAAAAAUAGUGGUGACAGUGAGAUUAGAUACUAUUUUAUAUAUUUUAAGCCCUUUUCUUUUGGAGAUUAUGGAGAGAGAUUUUAUCGGUUUGAGGUCCAAAAAUGCUGCAAUUACAAUCAAAGUAGAGCCUUCCGAUGCUCAGCCUGAUGAUUCAGUGUUGUUGAGGGGUUCAGGGAUGCAGUUGUCUUUCUCAAACAAGGUAUCUACAGUUCCUCAGUUCUUGUCGUUUGAUGGUGCUCGAGACGAUAAACCGAGAAAAGCCACGCAUGACACUCUGUUGUCAUCCGGUUUUAUGACUAUUCCAGCUGCUGAUUCUAACAAGAAACCGCAUCCUGGCUUGACUCAGAAACAAGGGGGAAACCACUAUGCGGCUACCACCUAUGGUCUCCAACAACUCGAUGGACACCAAUCCCGCCUUUCCCACGAAGCAAGGAUAUUUCCAAGUUCAAGUCAGCCGAAUCACACGAUUACGGUUUCCAUGAACACUCCUCUUCUCCAACCCCAUCUUGCUUCCCCCGGACAGAACAUAAUCGGUCAUACUAUAAACCCGCAACCUUUUACCGGAGUUCCAAUCAUGGCUGCCCCUGUAUCUGUUGUUCCUCCAUCAAGUCCUAUCAUCGGUACUACCGAUCUUAGGAAUGCUGCCAAAUCUUCUAGGGCACCAGCUCAAUUGACUAUCUUUUAUGCUGGAUCUGUAUGUGUGUACGAUGAUGUAUCUCCCGACAAGGCCCAAGCUAUUAUGUUACUUGCUGGAAACGGUUCUUCUACGACUCAAAGUAAAACGGCACCUGUGACUCAACCGCAGACACAUAUUCCACGACCUUGUACCUUGUCCCCUUUCUCGGGUCUUCCAAAUCACCUUUCUGUAACCUCCCAUGUCAGUUUACAGCCUGUUGCAGGAUCUAGUGGCACCAAUGAACUAACAGCUGCAACAAGGAUAGGAGCUUUAGCAUCUACUAAUAACCAACCAGAUCCUCCAAAAUUGGUUAAUCCUGCAGUUGCUGUGCCUCAGGCUCGUAAAGCAUCCUUGGCUCGAUUUUUAGAGAAGCGUAAAGAAAGGGUAUCAAACACCUCACCGUACAACAUCUGCAAAAGAUCUCCUGAAUCUGGCCCUCUUGCAUCUGAUGGCAUAAGUUUUUCUGUGACUUCUGCUGGAUCUAGUCCUUUACAAGCCAUCAAUUAAGGAUCGAGUCUCGAGACUUUUUUGGACCGUGGGUCUAAUAGAUAAUGUAAGAGCUCAUUGCAGACAUUUGUUUUUGUUGAUAAUCAAAUGAAUUCGAUUAUUUUGAUGUCAAAUUUUAGGUCGAGUUAUAUAUAUAUAUAUAUAUGGUGGUCAUAUGUUUUUGGUUUUCUUGUUCCGAAAUGCUUCGAUUCGGAGUUUUUUUUGUAUCAGUUUUCUUUUGGGAUGACUUUUUAGAACAUCAUGUAACUCUUAUUGUUGUAUGUUCUACACGUUGAUUGUAGAAAGCAUAAUUUUGUAUUCAUCUGUGCUAAUAAUAUGUUGCCGGAUUUUGAUAUUCCAGUUGAGAA